AUGUUGCAAUUCUUCAAAAGAAAUGUUAUAUUUGAAGGAGUUGACUGUUAUGCAAACCGGACAUCUGUAGAAUUCCAGGAAGCAGCAAUGAGGCUGCAAACCGCAAUGCCUGGACCACUGCAAGUAAGUUUCGGGAAUUAUACCAUAUUUUUCGGUGCUGGUAUAAUUCUUGCUGCAUGCAUCAAGAAUAUCUGGUUUCAGGUUGCUGAUAGUAGAUAUAGAAAUAAUGGUCAGCAAACAAAAUCUUUAUCAUUUUUAGAAUCAUUCGUUGCGACUCUCGUUUCUAAUAGUCGUUACAUUGGUUAUAAGCCCAUUAACAGCAAAAUUUGCACUCUAUUGGGUCUCCCUACUUCCGUUGGCUCUUUAUUAUUUAUAUUAGCAUCCACUGCGUACCUUGCUUGUUAUUGCUUUGUUCCAUCAUAUUGGCUUAGAGGAUGUAGUGGAUUUGGAAGGCCUCCCAUUUGCGUUCGUGCAGGUGUAAUGGCAGCUGCAAUGACACCAUUCAUUUACAUAUUAUCUGGGAAAUCAAAUGUAAUCACCCUUUUGACAGGGAUUUCGUACGAGAAGCUAAAUGGGUUUCAUAGAUGGAGUGGAGUUAUGACCCUUGCUCUUGUUCUUGUACAUUGUAUCCCAUUUGUAUACCAAGCUUUACUUGAAGGCGGUUCUACAUUCUUAGCAGAAACAUUUUCUUCGGAAGCUUUCUGGAGUGGGUACCCCCCAUUUAUUUUACUUGUUCUUUUAUGUCUUGGUGGUAAUUCAUGGUUCCGUGCAAGAGUUUACGAAGGAUUCUUACAUCUUCAUUGGAUGUGUGGAAUUGCAUAUUUUGCAACCUUAGUGUGGCACAUCCAUAAAGUUUUGAAUAUGCAGCGUUAUAUGUGGGGUGCUUUAGCAUUCUGGUCAACACAAUUGAUUUAUAGAGCUCUUGUUAAGACAACCUUCAAGCCAAAUGCACUCUUCUUAAAGCCAAGACCAGCAAUCGUAACAAUGUUACCUAAAGAUAGUUAUGAAGUCGUCGUGACUAAUGUUGCUGAUAUGGAAUGGAAAGCCGGGCAACAUUGUUUCCUUAGAUUCACUGGUUCUAGAAUAUUGGAUAACCAUCCAUUUUCAAUCAGUAGUAUCCCAUGUACCACUUCAACUGACUCAAACAAAUUGAGAUUCAUAAUUGUUCCUCGGAAGGGGUUUACAGGGAAAUUGCAUAAAGAAUUAGAAAGCACCAUCAUCCUGAAGAAGAAAGUGUAUUUGGAUGGCCCAUACGGUGGGACUGUGCGAGAUCCAUUAGCAUUCAACAACCUUUCUCUCAUUAGUAGUGGAAGUGGAGUGACUGUUUGUAUCCCAUUUCUUACUUAUGUUACUCAACAUAUCGCUCAAUCAAUUGCAAAUGGUACUGAAUUCAUUCCAAAAGAUAUUCACUUUGUGUGGAUAAUCCGUCAUGAGGAGCAUAUUGAUUGGAUUCGCGAUGAGCUUGAGCAAGCUGUAACUAUUGCAGGCGAUUAUGUAACUAUAGAUAUUUAUAUCACCUCUCGCAGAAAGUUUCCUAGUGGGAAUAUAAUAAGUGCUACUUCAUCAAGUGGUAAUACGCUGAACUUUGGAGAAAAGAAAAAAUUUUCAGACGGCAUUUAUAUUCACUACGAAAAGCCCAAAGUCACAGAUAUUGUGUUGAGCUCAGCACGUUACUUAAGAAGAAGAGCUAUGUUUGUAUCAUCUGGAAGUGAAUCCAUACGUGGUUCUGUGGCUAGUGGAGUUUCUUCACUCCAAAGCCUUGUGUUAAAUAAUGACACGGAAAGAAGCUCUCCUAUUGAAGAAAUUUUCCUCCAUUCUGAAGGAUUCGGGUGGUAA